AUGCUCGCUAGAAGCUUUGCCGGUUUCAGCGUUAUCGUGCUGGACAUAGAGGGAACUGUCUGUCCCAUAACAUUUGUUCAUGAAGUCCUGUUUCCCUAUGCACUAAGAGCACUUCCACAAUAUCUUGACCUUCACUGGCAUGAUAGUGCGUUCGCUCAAUACCGAGAUGCAUUUCCUGAAGAAUACCGCAAUGACCGUUUGGCCUUGGAAAGUCAUGUCCGGGACCUAGUGGCGGCAGAUAUCAAAGCUCCCUAUUUAAAAGCUCUUCAGGGCCUCUUGUGGCAGGCAGGGUAUGAUUCAGGAGAACUCAAGGCCCCUGUCUUCCCUGACGUGGCUCUCUUUAUAUCUGAGGCUCAUAGUGCUGGUAAGAAGGUAAUGAUCUACUCCUCAGGAUCCGUUCCAGCGCAGAAGCUGUUCUUUGCACACACGACUGCUCAGCCGUCAGACCUGUCUCAGUUCAUAACCGGCUGGUUUGACACCGUCAAUGCUGGUCCCAAGACAGAGGCGAGUAGUUAUGCAGCGAUUCUAUCUACUCAUCCGGAUAUCGAGCCUUCACGUUGGCUGUUCCUGAGCGAUAAUCUCAAUGAAGUCAAUGCUGCACUCGCGGCAGGCAUGUGUAGUCUUCCGGUAUCUCGUCCAGGAAAUGCACCACUGCCUCCCGAAAAUAGUCUGUCAGGCAUGGCGAUACCCGAUUUUUCGCCGGAGUCAGAAACUAAGAUUCAAAAAUCUUUAGCCACCUUGACAACCGGCAGAGAUUGA